CUCUUUUUUGAACCUUCACUCGUGUUAUAAUCAUCAUCAGGUGAACGUUUAACGUGCUAAAUGUCAAUACUUCGUUGAAUAAUUGUGUCUUACGUCAAUGUUGAAAACGCAAAUUCAUUUUUGAUGUAUGAGUGAUUUGGUUUGAAGGUCAUAAACCAUUGAUGUAGAAUUUUUCAGUGAUUUAAAAAAAACAAAUGCACAUAAAAUCAGUUUAUCCAUAAUUAUUACAACAUCGAGUGAUAAGAAGACUAUUGUAGUGGGGUUUUAUUAGGCUAAAGUGUGAUCAAGAGCAAGGCAGUUCAUUCAGUGUUUGGUCAAACUAUUUGUGUGAUUAAAGGAAUUCCAAAUAGCAGCAAUUUAAGAUGAUGUCGUCACACUUGGUUCGCGUAUUUUACCUCCUUUUCUUGGCACUAAUCGGCUGUAACGGUCUCAUCACUUCUGGAGAUGGAGCAGAGGAUGACAUUCACGUGAAAGAAGUUGAAAUCGGCGCUAAUCACGAGUUGAAAUGUGGAUGCAAUGACGACGACCACCGCUUCCAGUUCUGGGUGAUCAACAAUAACUUUGUCAUUGGUCCUAACAGUUACUUGUAUGUUGAUGCCAAUAAGUACAAGGGAGAUAUGCUCAACGGAAAACUGCUGAUAAAGAAUAUAACAGUGAAAGAGCAGGGUAUUUACACAUGUUUAUGCAAACAUAUGGACAGCCGCUCUUACCAUGUCAGAUCCACUGAGUUGGUAGUCAAGAGAGACUGGGAACAAGUGUAUGACAAUGAUAAAAAGACAAACACGUUCAGAAUGAUGCUAUUGCUGGGUAUGAUGCUUUUCUUGGGAUUUCUUAUAUUCAUCCUGUUAACAUUAAGGAAUAACAGAUUAGUAUUUCUGAAGGACCUUGAUGUGAACGAGCCACUAAAUCUAGAUGAAAGAGAAGGCAGGCACUUCUUAUGAGAGACUGCGUAGCUCUUCAACACAAUAUGGCGAUCAUAGAGCUAGUGUCUCCACCUACGACAAUGUACCUCUGGAUCGGGGCUUCCCUAAAGAGUUCCAGACCAAUUCAUCUAUGCAGCACGUCUGAUUCACUCAAUAUUCAUUGAUUCAUUCAGCUGAAGAUGAGGGAAUGAAAUCACCAUUCAAUCAGCACGUCUGAUUCACUCGAUAUUCAUUCAUAGAUAAGAAUGAUGAUGAGACAGGCUAACUUCUAUGUAAAUUAAUAAGACUUUAAAUAAUCGAGAGAGACUCUAAGAUUCAUAAUUGGAGGUUUAUGGCCAAGGAACAUAUUUUAAUGAAUCAAAUGUAGUUAUAUAAUAGUUCAUGAACUUAAAAGCCCAAAUUACUCAUCGGUUUAGGCCUAUAUAGGUACUGCUUAUUCAAUGAAUUUUCUUAUUACUUUGUUGUGAUGGACUAAUAAGGCUAAUAAGAGAUCUUUCUGGUUGCAAAAAAAUUGUUUGUUAAAGCACUUAUACUGGAAAACUGGGAAAUAUCAUUUUAUAAUAUAGCUUAUACUAUAAAUAUUAUUUUUCUAUUAUGAAGAAUGUUAAAAUGAAUGUUCUCGUGUGGAGAGAUAUAGGCCUAUCAUUCAAGAUAUUAUAAUAUUGAAUGUAUUCUCAUGCUGUCAUAUAUAUGUUGUGUAUAAGGAUAACUGAAAUUCAAAAAUUAAGUUAUUUCAACAAUAUUAUUUCCAAUUUAUAGAAAGAACUCCUUCUUCACAUAGGCCUAUAGGCUAUGUUUUAGUAUUAUUAUGGAUUUUCUUGUGAAGCUAUAUUAUAAUAGGUCCAUCUAUUCUUAAUAAAAACAUUUUGAUAAGUUGAAAACGUGCCUUAAUUUAAUUUUCUACUGAGAAUAUCAAGUAGUGGUAGUGUGUGACAAUUGUCAUUUGUCAAAUUUUUAAUUUUCAAUUU